AUGAUUGAGAAGUCCACUCCUCCAAGGACUCGGGCCGAGUGGCCGAAUCCUAUUUCGCCGCAAAGAGUUCGCAAGAGGCCGCAACCGCAAUCAUCGCAUACUCAACGUCGCCACUACAGUCCCAGUGCCUCACCACCUGCAUCCUCACACUCACACGCAUCAUCGUCGUCGCUCUCAUCGCGAUCUAGGAGCUCUUCUUUCCGACAAAACCCUAGCUAUCAUAUCCGUCUGGAUACACGUACUGAUAGAUAUUCGCCAGCGCCCAACUUCGACUUUUUCGAUUUUCAAACUGCAGUCACUACUUCCCCAUCAGCUUCAUCAAUUGUUGGACAUGCCGUUGGUAUUAAGAACGCCAGAGAAGCAGUUUUAAAUUUAGCGGCGCAAAACACACUUCCAGAUACGUCAUGGAUGAACAAUUAUUCCACAGGACCGCUAAAUACCAUUCCAUUCAGUCCUGAGGAUCCUAUGAACCAUGAAUACUCUAGCUACAUGGGAGCUAAUGGCGGUGCUUCGUUAUCGCUCCAGACUGGAGCUAUGUCUGGGCUUUCCAUGCCGUGGAAUGUAAUGAAUUCUACUACACACUUACCUGGAGCCUCAGACUUUGAUGAUAUUUGUAUGUCGGAGACUAACAUAGGGAACUAUGGAAGUCAUGGAAGUAUGGAGCUGGCUCCUACUUCUGCCGUCUCGGCCACAUCCGACGCAUAUAUUCUCCAUUUUGGAUCUCCAGGAGGUGUAAGUCCAUUGCUUGAUCCUGCGCUGCCCUUUUAUGUAAACCAAAACAUGACGGUCGAUCAAACAAUCCAACGCACCGAAAAUCUCAACACCGCCUUACCUACCACUUCUAUCUUUCCUUUCGAGGAUAAUCCCACGUCUCUACAAUGGACGACUAGUUAUGAUGAUAUAUUCUCCACAGAGCCCACAGCCCCUUCAGCCGCUCCACUUCUCGACAUCCCGAAUCUCCUUCAUAGAGGCAGAUACAUACGGUCACAAAAUCCCUGGAACUCGCAUGAUGCUCAUGGUAAUUACUUCGGCGAGAAUUUAAACUCCGGCUACGUUGCAUACGAGCCUGAGUCGUCCCCGAUACACUCAUACGAGCCCGAACAGUCUCCAUUACGUCCCUAUGAGCCCGAACAAUCUUCUUUACCUUAUGAGAUGUCAUCCCCAGUGGUUAACGACAGCUUGAUUGCACCCGGAGAAAGCCAAUCAAGCAACGAUGUAUAUCAGCCAGAAGCACCAAAUACCAAUUGGUUGGACGAAAGUGAUGCAUCGACCUCUUAUUCCAAUACUUUGUACACUCCUUCCCAUGGCUCUCCAGUAUCGCACCAUUCUCCACACCCACAGGGUUCACAGUCGCCGCCUUCUUCAAGUGACCUGAGUAAUCAUUCACAUGUGUUUAGUGCAUUCUCCGAGCCGCAAAAGAUUAAAGUUACGAGGGGCCGCGUAAGGCCAUUGACGGAUAAAGAGAAGCGGGAGGCGAGAGAUGUAAGGCAGGCAGGCGCUUGCUGGGCUUGCCAUCUUUCGAAGAUUAAGUGCUCACCUUGCUCCCCUGGCUUUCCUUGCGAACAAUGUACCAGACUUUCUGGGAAGAGAAGAUUUUGUCUCCUACCAUGUUUUAAUGAUCCAGUCGAAAUGCUAGAUAAGUUCUUAGUACCUGAAAAUUACAUAAGAAUGUACACAACCGAGAAUACCAAGAGAUUCAUUUCGAAGAACGCAGAUACAUGGGGAACAGAUGAGAUGAUAGUGCAAUUAAGCUGGGGAUAUAGAGUCCCGCUGAAAGUUACCGUUGUCUCUCUAUCGGUACGAGGAUCGACUUCUAUCUUUCGAUAUCAGCAUCAGACAUACAUCAACGCAUCAGGUAGACCGACUUUCACGAGAAAGAAGAGCCCACCGCUUGGUAUUCCGCUUAUGUCUAUGGAGGAGAGACAGGAAGAAUAUGCUCGAUAUAUCAAGGGAAUUGUUCAGCAUGAUUUAGAUGAAUAUGCCAAGGUAGCAUAUGAACCGGGAGAAUCAGAUCUUGCCAAACGUUUACUCAAGACGGUAUGCCAGUUCUACACUGCUGGCGUGGAAGCCAAUGACGAGUACGAACUUCUCCGUGAAGCCCUAGAAAUCCACAUUGCAUGCGCUAUCCUUGAGCGAAGCUUAAUUCUCGACGACGAAUCGACCAAUUUGGUAGGAGGACGCCUAGGAGAAAAUUUCCCAGCAGACUCUUCGCCAAGAUGUGCUUCCCGUCAAAUCAAAGUAGCCUUUUUCCUCUCACAACAAGAAAGAAUCAAAGAAGUCCUCAAGGAAUGGGGUCAAAUGAUGUGGACCAGUAAUCGAGCCACUGCGAAUGAACGCAAAUGGGCCAUUGCAUUCAGCGUCUUACUCGUCUUGACACUCGUCAUGGAUAAGACGUUGGGUCUUUCAUACUGCAAUGCCGAAUCCAGAAUCAAACAUGGCGGUAAAGAAGCAGAGAUUGAACGACAAGAAUUCCGGGAAAGGGUAAAAGUGACACAGACGAACUUAUUCGAGAGAUGCAAAGAAAUUCUUCAUUCGAAGUUCAAGACACGAAAAGGGGGUAAGGAGAGCUUUAACCCCAUUCGCGACGGCGAUGGCGCAUGGCGCGGUAAAGUUAUCGAUGAAAGGAUUGCUGGAUUUGUACAUGAUAUGAAAAGUGUGGUUCGAGAUAAUGUUUUGGAGCACAAGCUUAAGAUUAUGACGAAUUGGGAAAUGAGUGUGCGAGAGAGGGAGAAUAUGAGGGAUAGCCUUAUGACUUUUGACGUCAAGAAGUUCCUCCUGAAAUACCUAGUACUUAUUUCGUAUAGUAUAGUACAGAGGAAGAGGAGUCGUAAGGUUUAA